AUGGGCAUCCCAAGGAAGUUCACGUUAUGGUUUAAAGUAUGUUCAUACCACUACAAAAUCGCCGUGUUCGCUGAACGCGACCCCAAGGCCAUGCCCUGGGGUAAGGCUGGAGCUGAAUAUGUCGUAGAAUCCACCGGUGUCUUCACCACCACCGCUGCUGCUUCCGCUCACUUGGAGGGUGGUGCCAAGAAGGUUAUCAUCUCUGCCCCCAGUGCUGAUGCACCCAUGUUCGUCGUCGGAGUCAACCUUGACGCCUAUGACCCCUCUGCCAAGGUCAUCUCCAACGCUUCCUGCACCACCAACUGCCUCGCUCCCCUUGCCAAGGUCAUCCAUGACAACUUCGAGAUUGUUGAGGGUCUGAUGACCACCGUGCACGCCACCACCGCUACCCAGAAGACCGUCGACGAUCCCUCCGGCAAGCUGCCACUACAUACAUAUUUGUAA